ACAUCACUGCACGAGGACUGGAAUCCAUCCCCAACUUCUACUACAGAGAUGAUGGCCUGAAGCUGUGGAACAUCAUCAACAGGUUUGUGAAGGCAGUAGUGGAGUACUACUAUCCCUCAGACAGUGAUGUACGUAAAGACACCGAGCUGCAGGAAUGGAUCAGUGAGAUAUUCACACAUGGCUUCUUAGGAAACACAGCCUCAGGGUUUCCAGCAAGCUUUCAUACUGUCGAGGAGGUGAUCAAAUUCAUCACCAUGCUGAUCUUCACAGUGACGGGUCAACAUGCUGCUGUAAACAAUGGACAGUUCGACUUCUACUCCUGGGGGCCAAAUGAGUCACUCCUGCUGAUGAAACCUCCUCCGACCACUAAGGGGCAGUCAAGCAUGAAGACUAUUUUGGAGACCCUCCCAGAUGUUGGCGACACAGUCAGCUUUGCAGCAAUGGUUUGGCUACUUUCAGCGAAGUACACUGACGAGGUUCUCAUGGGUUCAUACCCCGAUGAACGAUUCCAAGAGCCUGCUCCAAAGCAGAUGAUGAAGAAAUUCCAAGCAGAGUUGUCCGACCUCACUGAAGCAAUUUCAACAAGAAACUUGCAGCUUGAAAUACCCUACAUAUACAUGAAGCCUUCUGAGAUCGAGAACAGUAUCGCUAUUUAGCUCAGCCUGAUAAGCCUUUUUUAUCUCUCUGUAUUAGGCAACAAUAUCAAUACCUUUUUAACACCUGUCUUGCAUGCUGGGUUGUGGGUUAAACUCUGGAAGACUAUACUCUAGGCUGUAUCAUGUUAAGUCAGCCUAUGAUAGGGUACCUGUAUCUUGAAUUAUGUUUUACAUAGACAUAUGUUGAGAAAUACCCUAAAUGAGUGUGUCGGUGACUGUAAUUUGUGUUAGAUGUACAGAGUCACAAAAACGUGUAAAAGGAUCAGAGACAGGAGCCAACCAAUCCCAAUUUAGGUCCCCUGUAAAAAAUACAGCUCAUUGUAAUUCACUGUAGACUAAAGAUUGUUAACAGUGAACACAAUGUAUCUUUUGGUGCAGAAGGAAGUCUCUCGCAUCCCACAAUUGUGAUAAUGCUACACUGUAAUGAAUUGCUGGAAGGGGGGUGAAUUUGACUAUGAGAGUAAUCUGUGAAAAGUAAUACUUUGGAUUUGUUGAACUUGUUUAAUGUUGGCUUGUGCUUAUUAAAACACUUCCCGCUGGGUUGCAACUUCAAUUCGC